AUUGUCAGUUAUCAACGCAGCCAGUCAGUCGAGUGUGUGUGUUUUCUUAAUUUCCCUACAAUAAUAAUUUUUUGGUUUAGAAAUUCCAAGAUAUUUCAAUAAAUUAAUAUAAUAAAAUUCGAAAUAAAAAUUACUUUAGACAUAAUACUAAACAAAUACAUUGCUUAAGUAAACGUGCUAAAGAAAAUCGCAAAACGAAGGUGCUUUUCCUUGUGACGACAUUGACACAUUAUUAAUCAUCAUCAGACGAAACAUUGUUGGUGUUCCUAAUUCAAUUACAUACAAAAACACACACUUAUGUGGAGCAGCUAAAAUACGAAAACGAAAACAAAAUUAUACAGAGGAAGAUAACUAAAAAAUAAAAGAUAUAGUAAAGAAAAUAUAAAGAAAAAGAGUGACCAUACAUAAUAUAUAACAAAAUAAUAAUUAUUUCGUCAUUGCUAUUUUCGUCAAUUGAAUUCAAGAAAGAAAUAAUAACAAACACAACAAUUCAAAACACAUUGAGAGUUCAAAAGACUGAGCGAGAAGAGUGGUGGGAUUUUGAUUACGUGCCGCAGAAGAAUAAAUAACAUUAUAUUAUUCAACAAACAUAAUAAUAAAAAAAUAGUAAUUUGCAAUAUUACAUCAAAACACAACGUAGUAAAAUUUUUACAAACUAUUCAACCAUGGCCCAGGCAACAGCAACAACAACUACCGCUGCGUCUGUUGAGGAGGUGUCAUCAUCACCAUUGGCUGGUUUCGAUAUGGACGAUAUAAAACAUUGUUUUGAAAAUUUAAUAGUUAUUGAUGCAGGCGCAAAUCUUACCAACAAAAAAUAUAGUCGUGACCUGGACUCGGUCAUACAAAGAGCUAAAGAUGCCGGUGUCCAAAAACUGAUGGUACCCGGCACUUCAGUGAAAUCAAGCAAGGAAGCCCUUCGUCUCUCCCGCAUUUAUCCCGAUUUUAUUUACUCGACUGCUGGCAUUCAUCCACACGAUUCUAAAUCAAUCAUCGAAGAUCCUAGUAGUUGGUUUGAAUUUCAAGAAAUUGCCGCCUCCCAAGAGUGCGUAGCAAUUGGCCCCUGUGGCUUAGAUUAUCAACGUGACUUUUCCGAUCCGGAGUCUCAAAAGGAAAUUUUUGAAAAACAACUACUAUUGGCAUGUAAUUUGGGCAAAUCGAUUCUAAUACACGAACGUUCAGCUCAACAAGAUGUCCUCGAUAUACUAGACAAAUUCGAGAAUUUGCCUCCGGUGAUUAUUAGAAGUUUUAUGGGCACUGCUGAAGAAGCCAUCAAGUAUUUGGACAGAAGGUUCUAUAUAAGUUUAACUGGUUAUUUAUGCAAGGACAAAUCAGAUACAGGCGUACGCCGCUUGCUUGACAAUGGAACCUUACCUUUAGAUCGUUUAUUGGUGGAAACCGAUUCACCAUUUAUGUAUCCCAAUACAAGAGCUUCAAAGCUGCCGCAACACGUUAAGACUGGCAUCACAGAACGUUCUCUAUUGUACUUACACAGAUAUUGUACAUUUCAACGCAAUGAACCCUGCAGUUUACCCGCCAUAGUGGAAAUGAUAGCUGCCUUUAUGAAAAAGACUCCCGAUGAAGUAGCUCUGGCUACUGCCUUUAAUGCUUUAAAACUCUUUGGUCUUUCUUAAAUUCGUUUUGGCAGCCUUGAAGUUCAUGAAAGUGGUAUAAAGUGAAGGUGAUGCUAAGUUUUUUCUUUCUUUAUAGUUUUUUUUAUUAAAUAAGUGCCAAAAACACACACACAUACUACAUAACGACAAAAACACUUUUACACUAAUUAACACUAUUCAAUGUUUUUUGUUUUUAAAUUUGCUUAGCAAAAAAACAAAACGCAAUACGAUUUAAAAUCUUUAAACAAAAAAAAAACAAAAACAAAUAAAAAAAAAUCGAGACUAAACAAGUGCCUUAAAAACAGUGAAAAUCAAACAAAAUAAUUUACAGCAACAACUACCACUUUAAAAUAAUGGAAUUUUAAACUUAAAGUUUGAACUUCAAAGAAAACUAAACAAACAAACAAA